UGUUUUUGAAGGUGAGACCACAACAUGAACUCCACCUCUGGCAUGGAUAGUUUCAGCCUAUUGGCCAAUCUGACCGACUCUGAAUGUAUCUCCGUAGAAGAGCCAGACAAGCAGAGGCCUUUUCUGGUGUUCUACCUGACCCUCAUCAUCAUCUCUAUCCCCUCCAACACCUUCUCUCUCUAUGUCUCCUGGCAGCACAUCCGUCAGAGAAACGAGCUGGGAGUCUACCUCUUCAACCUGGCCCUGUCCGACCUCACCAUAACCAUCGGCCUGGGCCUGUGGACGGACUUCAUCUGGCGCGGCGCCUGGGUCCACGGCGGCUACGUGUGCGUCCUCUGUGUCUUCCUCCUCUUCACCAACUUCUACACCACGGACGCCUUCCUGUGCUGCAUCGCCCUCGACCGCUACCUCGCCGUGGUCCACCCGCUGAAGUACCCGGGGCUGAGGCGGGUCGGCACGGCGAUGGCGGUCAGCGGCGGCAUCUGGGCGCUGGUGAUCUGCUUUAACGCCGCCACCAUCGGCUGGGCGGACGCGUACAGCGACGCUGGGCACGUGGCGGUGUGCUUCAACGUGUUUCCGCUGUCGCGGAAGCAGGUGUGGGUCAACGUGGCGCGCUUCGUCUUUGGUUUCGUGCUACCCGUCCUGCUGGUGGCGUUCUGCAGCUGGGGCACCUGCAUGGCGGUGCGCUCCAACCGGGCCACGGAGGAGCAGGAACGCCGGCGGGUGUCCCGGCUGCUGGGGGUGGUGCUGUUCACCCUGGGGCUGUGCUUUGGACCCGUCCACGUCAUGAUGGUCCUGCGCGCCCUCCUGGAGGACUGCGGGGACCCCGCCUGGCUCGUAUACCCUUACAAGAUCAGCAUCGCCAUCUCGUCGCUCAACUGCCUGGCUGACCCUCUGCUCUACUGCUUCUUCACCAAGACGGGCAAGGCCAGUGUCACCCAGGUGGUCCUUUUCCUCCAGGGGAGAAGAACGAUCCCAGAGCAGGGGGUGGUUUAGGGGAACAUGGGACAUCUAGCAAAUGUUACCACUCAAACUGACACUUGACUGUGUCUACUUAGGUCUGCCAAAUGAGUUGGAUUAGGGAAUCCGAAUCCUCCUAUUAGUUAUUGACUGCAUGUUCAAUAUGGAUAGGUCAGUAUGGAAUAAACAUUUAACCUUGAUUCAUCAUUCCAACCAAAUGUGUCUGUUUAACGUCCCUUACAAAUGCGCCACACAUCAGCGGGACAUCUCCGACUGAAAGCAAGUGUACAUACCGCAGUAGGACCUAACCACAGUACUGUAUAUACAGUACAGCCGAUUUACAACUUGGAACACGAGUGAGUUUGUUCAAGAGUUCAUGUUUGGGUUAGCCCAGUCAGCCGAGUCUCAUCCUUGCUUGUCCAAUCGUCUUGUGACAAAGCGGAAGAAUGUGUUGUGUUUGCAUUUUCACUUCAGUUUUACUGUCCUCUCGUUUCUUUGUGCACAUGCCACUGUCUCAGAGGUGACAGACUUUCCAUCUUCUCCAUUCUUGU